CUCAGACACGGACGCUGCCUCCCGCUUUCAUCUAACGGAGUCUGAACCAGACGAUUCGGAAGAGAUGGUGCAGACGUACGGCGCGAGUGGCUCACAGCACGACCCCCGCGGCGAGGGCGCGGGGACGGGCGAGUCGGAUGCGCUGCUCGGUGGCGCGCCACAGGCGCCUGCCAAGCGGCAAGGGCAUGCGACGCUCGUCAGCUGUGUGAGCAACCUCUCGAACACGAUCAUCGGUAGUGGCAUGCUCACCUUCCCCUUGGCCAUGGCCUCUGCUGGAAUUAUACCAGGCAUUAUCACCUGUAUCUUCUCUGGCUCAGUCGCCGCCUUCGGCCUCUACCUCCUCUCCCUCUGCGCCACCAAGACACCUCACCGGCGCUCCUCCUUCUUCGCCGUCGCGCAGAUGACCUUCCCCCGCGCAGCCGUCUUCUUCGACGCUGCCAUCGCUAUCAAGUGCUUCGGUGUCUCCGUCAGCUACCUCAUCAUUGUUAAGGGCCUCAUGCCCAAGGUCGUCGCGUCUCUGUACCAUGACAUCUCGGAUACGGAGCCGCCGCUGUGGGCAUUGUCUGGCAGGAAUUGGAUUACGCUGUUCAUGAUUGUCCUAGUGCCCCUGGCCUUCCUGCGCCAUCUGGAUAGCUUGCGGCAUACGAGCUAUAUCGCGCUGUUCUCAGUUGCUUACCUCGUGGUCAUCGUCAUCACUGUAUACUUCAAGCCGCUCGAGGAUAUGCCACCCAAGGGCGACGUCUCGCUAAUACACUUCACGCCGAGCUUCGUCUCCACCUUCCCUGUGCAGGUCUUCGCCUUUACUUGCGCGCAGAACCUCUUCCCCCUCUACAACGAGCUCACCACGAACAGCCAGCCGCGCAUGAACAUCGUCGUCGGCUCCUCCAUCGGCGCCGCCGUCCUCACCUACGAGAUCAUCGCCAUUUUCGGCUACCUCACCUUCGGCUCCAACGUCGGCGCGAACAUCAUCGCGAUGUACCCCUCCACCUCCCUUUUCGUCGCUGUCGGGCAGCUCGCGAUCGUCAUCAUGGUGCUCUUCUCGUACCCGCUGCAGGUGCACCCGUGCAGGAACUGCUUGGAUAAGGUGUUCCACGCGGGCGAGCAUGCGCCGGUGAAGGCGGUCGGAGAGGAGGGCGAGGGAGAUGAGGAGGACCCGGACCACGCGGGGGGCGAGAUGACGCCGCUUAAGCAUGCGGUGCUGACGACGGCGAUUAUUGCGAGCGGGUUUGUGAUUGCGUAUGCGGUGGAUGAUUUGCAGAUGGUGUUGUCUUUUGUGGGCUCGACGGGGUCGACGACGAUUUCUUUCAUCUUGCCGGGGUUGUUCUACUGGAAGAUCUCGCGCAACGACGAGGACGCGAACCCGACACUGCGCUUGGGCUCGUUGCUUCUCGCCAUCUACGGCGCAUUCAUCUUUGUCUUCUGCUUGAGCUUUAAUAUAUACAACGUCGUGCGGCAACCCGCGUGAAUGUGAAUGCAUUGCCGAGCUAUCUCAUAGAUAUACAGCGCUUGCAUGCACGUCUACCUUGUACGAUAAUAGUCUAAGUUAUGUGCUACGCCACAAUGGACGCGUACUGUCGUUGCAUCUCC